GUUUUAUCAUUUUUGUUCCACAUGGUCAACACAGGAGAAAUAAUGGAAUGAAGAUAAAUAGACCAGAUUGUACUGCACAGUUAUGAAAAUUAGGUCACAAACUUUUGUGUGAGUUUCUUCAUUCAAAGUGGAAAGAAUAUAUUAGUUGUCUUAGUCUGUUUGGGCUGCUAUAACAAAUAUACUAUAGACUGAGUUGUUUUAAUAAAAUGUAUUUCUCACAGUUCUGGAGGCUAAGUCUAAGAUAAAGAUGCCAUGAGAUUUAGUGUCUGGUAAAAGUCCACUUCCUGGCUCAUGGACAGUAGUCUGUUCAUUGGCGGAAGGAGCAAGGGAGCUUUCUGUGGUCUCAUUUUUAGAAAGGUACUAAUCCCCUGAUGGCCUAAUCACCUCCCAAAGACCCUACUCAAAAUACCAUCACAGUGGCCAUUAUGUUUCAACACAUGAAUUUGAAGGGAGCAUAAAAACAUUCAGUCUAUACCAGUAAUUAAAUGAUUCACAAUAUUUGUUAGGAGAUAAUACAUGGUUUCUCAGAUAACACAAUCCUUGCUGGUCUAAACAGUGCAUUAGAGAAGUAGUUUUAAACAAAUGGUCCGUGGAUCACAUGGGACUCUUAGAAGUAUAAAUUCUUGGGCCCUAACCUUGACCUACGAAAUCAGAAACUCUAGGAGGGGUAGCCCUCCAAAUGUUUCUAAAGCAUGCUCAAGUUGGAGAACCAUUGCAUUAAGGUGAGAAUAAUAAAUUCUGUUUGGAUUGAUUUGUGACUAGGUAGAGGAAGUUGCUUUGAGGUAGACCUUAAAGAAUGAGUCAGAAUACUUCUUCCUCCAGCUAAAAAGAACUUGACAUAUUUGGAAAACCAAAAGAGCUGACAUUGUGGUGUUAUGGGGAAGAGUAUCAGCUUUGGAAUUUCAUACAGGAUACCUUCCUGAAGACAUUAUACAUCAAAAGCUUAGAAAUUUCACUUUCAAGAGCUCAUUGAAAGGAAAUUAGUUCCUCAGAUGUGUGUACAAGAAUGUUUUUUGAGGCAUUGUUUCUAAGAGUGAAAAUAUGACUAUGAAGCUCAAUGUGCACUAGAAAAAUAAAUUAUGAUACACAAUUCUGGUAGAAUUCUAAGGAUGCAUUAAAAUGAUUAUUUAGAUAUAUAUUGACAAGAUACUAUAUUCAUAAUUAUGAUCAAAUACAAACUGAUUAUAAAAUGUAUGUGAACAUGAGUCAAAUUUAGGUAAAAUAUCUACACAUGCUUUUAUUUAUAGAUUUAUUAGCUUAAAAAGAAAGUAGAGUGUUAUCCACCAAAAUGUUAGCAAUGGAAAUAUUGGUGAUAUAUAUUUGGUUUGUUUUUACUUAUCUCUAUUUUCUAAUGUGAAACUCUAUCCCUUGUGUGAAAAAAUAAUGAAGGUUUAGAAACAACCUAAUCUAAGACUUAUAAGCAGAUUUUGCACAAUCUUAUCUUUAGGGACUAAGAAUACUCAUUCUGUUUUUAAAAACACUGUAUUUUUCCUGGAAUAUUUGGAAAGAACUAAUCCUUCUUAUUCUAACAGUUCACUGUCAAGGUUAGUAUUUGAAAUCUGGCAUAGGUUUAUUUCUGAAAGUUUGUAUUAUUAUUAUAUAAUUACAAAAAUAUGGUUUUCAUAUUACAGUUUCUUGGAAAAAUAAAAAUUGCUCUGUGGUUUUGCCAGUAAUUUUCUAUGUGAAUUUGGAAAAUUUAAUUUCCCUGUUUUUUGGCCUUUGUUUUCUCAUCUGUAAAAAGUUGCAAGAUCAGAUCCUGAUGAACUUUAACAGCUUUAAUAUUCUAAGAAUAUGUAAUAAAUUUAUAAAACAACCUCAGAGAACUACAUGAGAAAGUAUGGAGGCUGAAAAAAAUGCAAACUCUUUAAAAUACCCUUUAAAGAAUUCUUCUCCAGUCAUUGCACAGGAGAUUGUUGAUACUUCUCUCCUUUUGUAUGGUUUCUCCCUUAAUUGAAUUUUAAAACAAAUUAUGUGUUAAAUAUCAAGAUAUUUGAAUGUUGGUAUACGUCUGACACCUGGUGGUCAAAUCAAACAUCACAGCUAAAUUCUAAUUCCCCAGACACUCAUUCACUUCCUCUCACUGGGACUUUUUCCCCCUGAUUUAUCCAUUCAUCAUGCAUCCAGUCAUUCACUCAAAAAACACUUGGUAGAUACCAGCUAUGUUUAAGACACUUACUAUGGAGGAAAGGAAGAAGUAAUAAUGAGUUUUUGGUAUGUAUGAGGUUGCGGGCCAUUUUGGGCAACAGAAUAGACUCCAUGGAAUUAGAAGUCAGGGAAGGCUUCUUGGAGGAAGUGAGCUUUACCUUUCUUGGGGCUUUAGUUUCCCCAUCUGUAAAAUGGUGGUAAUAUUUUAUUGUUGCAUGGUAUUGCUGUUUAUGAUUGACAGCCAGAGUGUGUAUAAAUUACUUAGUAUAGCACCUUGCCCAAAGUAGACACCCACUGAUUAUUAACUGUUAUUAUAACCAAUCUAAAGAUAAUCAGAGAUGACUUCAUGUAUAUCAGCUAUUCUCUAAAAUAUUAAUUUUAUUUCAAAAUUAAUUCAGGUUCAAGCUUACAUACUUUUUUUCUUUAGGUUGAUUAUGCAGAACAUGAGAUCAAUUAUUUUAGUUGAGUGGAUAAACAAACCACAAAAGAGAUAUUUACAAUUUGCUAGACAAACUGGUCAAUUCAGCAAAAUGGUCGAUUCAGUUAAAAUAACAUUAAAAGUUAUUUAAUUAAAUGAGCUGAUUGCUUCACUGCAAUGAGAUGUCAGUUAGUAAAUACAGCCUAUUUGAAAAUCCCAUCUAGUCGGUGCAAAAGGAUCAAACAGUCUAUUUGGCAUUAUGUGAGCAGUGUGUGGGUUAACUUAAUCUUAAAACUUUUUAAAUUGCUUGUGCUUAGGGUUAAGAAGGCACUUUCUUGGACGCUAUGUUGCUUUCAGUUAAGGUUGAAUCUGUCUCAUUUUCUCUUUAAGUACAUGAAAUAUGAAGCAAACUAACUGUCUUUGCAAGCAAUAAAAAGUAAAAGGAAUCAUUAAAAGCUCAUUUAUUCUUUAUUUUUCUACAAGUAAGCACUUAAGUUAUAUUUCCUAAAAAUAUCAAACUUUUGGGUAGUUAAACUGCCAUUUUCAAGGUUAAAACAAAGAGUAGUAUAGUGGAUUUUUGCCAAAAGCAAUAAUGUUCUGAUCCAAAAAAACAAAAACAAGAGCAAGGAUCAUACCAUUUUAGAAAUGAAUGUCUUACCUGAAUAAAAACAAGAUUUGAGAGAGGACAGGAUGGCUGUCUUUAGAUAUUUGCAGUGUUUCUUGUAUAACAGGACUUUACUUGGCUUUGAUAGGCAGAACUAGAUUGAAAUGACAGAUUUUGAUUCAUUAGAGGAAAGAACUUUAUAACAACUACAAUUGUUAAAAAUAGACAUUUCUCCAAAGAAGACAUGCAGAUGGUCAACAGACAUGAAAAGAUGCUCAGUAUCACUAAUCAUAACAAAAAUGUAAAUCAAAACUACAAUGAGAUAUCACCUCACACCUGUCAGAAUGGCUAUUUAUCAAGAAGUCAACAAAUGACAAACAUUGAAAUCGUCGCUCUGAUAGUGCUUUCCUUAAUAAAGGAACAUAAAUCCUCAAGAUGAGAAGUAACAGCACAAACAGUACAAGAGCAAAGUGCACUGACCUCCAAAUGCCAUUUCAGUACACCCUCUAUGCAACCACCUACAUUACCAUUUUCAUCCCUGGACUUCUGGCCAACACCAUAGCCUUGUGGGUUCUGUGGCGCUUCAUCAGCAAGAAAAAUAAAGCCAUCAUUUUCAUGAUCAACCUCUCUGUGGCUGACCUUGCUCAUGUGCUGUCUUUACCCCUCCGGAUUUACUACUACAUCAACCACCAUUGGCCUUUCCAGACACCCCUUUGCCUGCUGUGCUUCUACCUGAAGUAUCUCAACAUGUACGCCAGCAUUUGCUUCCUGACCUGCAUCAGCCUUCAGAGGUGCUUCUUUCUUCUCAAGCCCUUCAGGGCCAGAGACUGGAAGCGUAGGUACGAUGUGGGCAUCAGUGCUGCCAUCUGGGUCACCGUGGGCACUGCCUGUUUGCCACUUCCAAUUCUGAGAAGUACUGGCUUAGCCAACAACACUGAGUUCUGCUUUGCCGAUUUAAGGCUUCAACCCAUUAGUAUGGCUUCCUCCAUUGCCAUGGUAACUAUAGCUGAACUUGGAGGGUUUGUGUUACCUGUUAUAAUUAUUACUUAUUGUACAUGGAAAAUGAGAAAAUCUUUACAGGAAAUCCAAGCUCCCCCUCAGAAUACCAAAGAGAGAAAAAAGGCUUUGUGGAUGGUUCUGAUGUGUGCAGUGGUAUUCAUUGUGUGUUUUACACCUUAUCACCUCAACUUCCCACUUUUUAUGAUGGUGAAGCAAGAUGUGUUUUCAAACUGCUCCCUUAUCAAGAGUACUCUAUGUUUCCACAUCAUUUCCCUGUGUCUUGCAAAUCUGAACUGCUGUCUUGAUCCAGUUGUAUAUUAUUUUAUGACCUCAGAAUUUCGUGAUAGAUUUUCGGAACAUGGUAGUGUGGUUUUUCAGUCAUGUGUGAGAUGCAAGGACAGUGUUUUAGAAAUUCAUCACAGAAAUGAGGAUCUUCAAGCUAUCUCGCUUGAAUUUUUGGAUGAUUCCAAGACAACAUAAUUAAAUAAUUAGUGGGAAUGAUCUAUAUGCUCUAUCAAUAUAGCUAUGUCACCUUCAACAUGAUUCUUAAAAAAUGGUGUUGUUGACUGCUUUAGCAAAACAUAUCCCCCUUUCUUUCAUUUUCAAAAUUAGUCUUUUGAAAGAGCUAUCCAUGCCUAUAUUUUAUGUACCAAUGUAAAUAUAAGAAAAUAUAGAAAACUGAGGGGCAACGGAAUGAAUCAUACACCUCUUCCUCAGCAAUGGGCCCAGUCUUUUCACCUUCUUUUACAAAAAUUGAAAACCAGUAGAUAUAUAGGUAAAUUUUUGAAAUGUUUAAAAUGUGCAUGAGAAUAAUAUGAUUCUAGCUUUAUUUAGAAAAUAACACACUACUUGAACAAUGUAGACAAAAGAGGAAAGGUUUAUUAAAUUAGGAAUUAUGAGAACUCUUAUUCUUGUAAUUUAAAAUGUCUAUGAUACUUGUACUUUCUCCCCUUGGAGAAACAAACAAUUCAGAUUCAUCCCAAAUAUCUCAAAAAUGUCAACAGAUUGACACACAGCACAUACAGCUUAAACAUACAAAAAAACUGUGUUCUAACUUAUUCCACAAAGUUUAGUUUCAGGGUUUGCAAUGAAAGCUCUUUGCUAGGGUGUGUCUGAGUAUGUGUGUUGUGAUGCAUGAUUUCAUGUAUUGGUACUCAUUCAGCAAAUAUUUUUUUAUUCAUUAAAAUCAAUUGUGACAUGGUCUUCCUAGAUGAAUUCACCUGCAUACAACCUCAGUCAAAAUUUUGCUUGAUAGAUUUAAACAAUGAGGGCUUACACACAUGCAUAUAGUUUUCCAGAUGGACCUCAUUUCUUACAGGUAAAGAUAUAUAUAAGGAGAACGUUGGUGAAUUGAAUCUCACUAUAAAUGAAAAAUAAAAAAUUAUGUUAAAAUUACUUUGGUUAAAUCAUUUUGUAACACAAAUCACUCCCAUUGGAAAUUGGAAACAAAAUUUCAUAUAACAGUUUUUAUUAUUAUAGUAUUUUAAAAGGCAGUGGUUAGUUUUAUAAAACUACAGUCAUGUACCGAAUAACAAUGUUUCCUUUCAGUCAAUGAUGGACCAGAUAUAAUGGUGUUCUCAUAAAAUUAUAAUGGGAUUGAGAAAUUCUUAUUGCCCAGUAAUGUCGUAGCCAUCAUAAUGUCAUAGUGCAAUGCAUUACUCAUGUGUUUGUGGUAAUGCUGGUGUAAACAAACCUAUGUGCUUCCAGUCAUGUGAAAGUAUAGCACAUAUAAUUAUAUACAGUACAAAAUGUUUGAUAAUCAUGAUAAGUGACUAUAUUACUGAUUUAUAUAUUCUCUAUACUAUUUUUAUUGUUUUACAGUCUACUUUUUCUACUUAUGAAAAAAUGUUUACUUGCUGUAUUAGCUGGCAGCAAGCAGAUACAUCUCAUGUUUACCAUGUCUCCUGAUUGCAUUAUUUUCUCUUGUACUUGAUUUAAUACUGUGUUGUUAUUUGUUAUUGUGUUAUAAUAUGCUAUAUAGGCUUGUAACCUAGGAGUGAAAGGCUAUAUCAUAUACUCUAGGUGUGUGGUAGGUUCUACCAUGUAGGUUUGUGUCAGUGUACUCUGUGGUGUUCUCACAAUGACAAAACUGCCUAAUGAUGCAUUUCUGAGAAUAUUUUCUUUAUAUGAUUGGAAAUUCACAAAAUAUUUUAUUUGUGUGAAUUUUUUUUGUAAUAAUGACUGCCUAGCAAAACAAGAACAGGCAAUAUUUACCACAGGGGGAUUAAAGAAAACAGAAAAAACUCAAGUUCUCUGAAGUUAUUUAGGGAUCUAUAUUUUAGCCAAGUUGUGUCCUAUAUGUUCUAUAGAAAUGAUUAUCUCUUUAAGUACCUAAAUAUUGAAAACACCAUUUUACCUGAAAGUGUUUCUAAAAUAUAUUAUUUCCUACCCACCUAAGCAGUUUGUUUUAAACAAGAGGACAUGGUGUAUGAAAGAACUAUUCAUCCAGAUUCACAGGGCCAGAAUCUUAAUUUUGGGUCUUCCACUGGUAAGCUAUGUGACUUUGAGGAAGUUAGUUUUUUUUUUUUGUUUGUUUUUGUUUUUAGUACUUGUUCAUGAGGGAGCUGGACUAGAUGGCCUUAAUAUGAGACAAACUUUUUAGAAUGUGCUUUCUAAACUCCAAAGAACUUUAUAAAUGAUUAUUUUUGUUAUUAUUAGUAUUGAUAUUGUUAUUAUUUAAGAAGAGCUUCAACUCUAACAUUUAAUGUAAUCUUUUCAGGAUGACUGAGGGUCAUUAUAAACAUUGAUUAUUGUAUUAUACACAUUUUCUUCUCUCCAAGCUAUUGAAAUCUGUAGAAUUGCUUGUACCUACACUAAAUCGGCCCUAUGAAUUUUUAGUUCUUAUAUAUUUUAUUUUUAAGGGCUUAUUUUCCCACCAAUUUUAGGCUAUCUAUUUAUACUUGUUGCCAUUGUCAGUAGGACUCUCUAAUAAAGUCCUUAUAAUUUUAAUUAACACUUUCUAAUAUCUUAUAGCUUAGAAAGUACACUAAUCAAACUAGUUAUAACAGAGUUUAAAUUUAAUAAAAAUGAGUAAAAUUCUGCUUGUUUUAUUUUAUUUACAAAGGGUGUGCAUGGAAAAAGAACAUCUCCUAUGGAACAAAGUGUAUGGGUUUUACUUUAUGGACUUUAUGACAUCUAUUUUGGCUAUGCAGAAAUAUUUUACUUCCUUCCUGGUUCUGUCAGCUGUGUUUGGAUAGCUGAGGUUGCCAAAUAUUUGAGUUCCAGUUUGUUGAGGUGUGACUAGAUGUUUAUGACAUCAAAAAUUUCUUAGAAUAUAAGUAUCACCAGGUUUUUAAAUAUAUAUAUAUAAUUCA